AAGCGACUGUUUUUGUUUAUCUCCCAAUGCCAAGUUCUAGGCUUGUUUACUUCUCCCGCUAAUUUCCGAGCUGCGGCGAUAAGCCGUAGGUGAUGAGAACGCUAUAGACCAGAUGCUCUCAGGUCUGUCUAUCAUCAAACCUCUGAGCUGCGCAUUUUAGUCUAUUCCUAAACGCCAAGAUGAGAUCUUCGAGAAUCACUGAGUGGAGUGCGCUUCUAACACUGCUAUUGUAUGGCAUCCAGCUUUUCGGGGUGACUGGAGUCCCCCCGAGAAACAAGCCGGGUUAUCGAGACGAGCAAAUAGUGCGCCAACGGAUGUCCUCGGAUAUGCAAAGGUAUAUGAACCUGAGUGCGGAUCCCUGCACGGAUUUCUUUGAGUUCGCCUGCGGCAACUGGGGAGAGUAUCACAGCCUGUACACCGCCCAAGAACUAAUGGAGAACCGUAUCUCGGAACAGUUGCAGCAGCUUCUCACGGAACCGUUGCCACCGCAGCAUCAUCCAAACGGCUACAGUGGCCAAAGUUUAGCGAAUGUGAGGAAAGUUCGUGCAUUUUACGAAUCCUGUGUAGCCGUGGAGGGAAAUGCUUCCGAACGACGCCGCUUCCUGAUGAAGAUCCUCCAGGACAAUGGAGGAUUGCGCAAUGUUGAGAACUCCCAUUGGCAACAUAACCGCCAGUGGCUACAAACUCUUGCCGAAUUGAGAAGGAAAUACGGAUUGGAUAUACUUUUGGGACUGGAAAUCGACCAGAGCCUGCAGCAGGCGAAGAGUAACAGCAUAUACUUUGGGGAGCCCAAGCUCACCAUUAUUCCGGAAGAGCACUGUAAUGCUUUUGUCACCCACGGAGUUCGGGUGAAGGAUGAGAUAUAUGAGAAGGUGCAGGAACAGGUGGCGGAAAACAUGCAGGAUUGGUUUGCCAUGGACUCUGGUGAGGCGUGUCGUUUUGGGGGAGACAUAGUGCGUUUUGAAUUUGAACUCUGCAAGGGAAUACGAGUGGAAGAUAUUCAAGAGCCCGAAGAUGAAUUGCCCAGAGCACUUUCCCUUUACGGAGCUCGGUCUCGAACUGCUCAGAGACAAUUAAACCGACGAAAGGAGGGAAUGACCCUCAUCGAUCUCACCAACGAAAUGGGUAAUCUGUUGGAUUUUAAAUUAUUUGUGGAGAUAAUCUUGGAGAACCUAUACACGGGUCAAGUCUACCUUAAGUCACCGGAAUAUAUAAAGCAUCUUAUAAGGACUGUGAGGUCCAACAACCACAUAACUCUUAGUUGGUACAUUAUCUACGUAGCACUCAACGAGCUCAACCAGCCACCGGAAGAACCUCCUUCGCAGCGCGCUCGCCAGUGCGUCCAAAUCACGCAGCAUCUCUUUCCCCAAAUUCUGGGCGAGAUGUUCCAGCGUCAGGUGCAGCGAGACAAUGCCAAACAUGACGUAGAUGCAGUUUUUAGUGAUGUGGUCAAAGCUUUUGAGCAGCAAAUGCAUGCGGAGUGGCUAGAAGAGAGCGAUCGAAGGGCGGCCAGGACCAGGCUGUCGCAAUAUCGAGUUAUUUUUCCAAAUUACAAGAAUUUGGAUCUCUCCGACUUGCAGUUCCACAAACGGCAGGACUACUGGAGCCGUUUAGAGAAUGUUCUUAAAUAUCGAUCCGACCAGCAGUUUGAAAGAUUAAGGGAACUUGAUAAUGGUCCGAGCUUGGAUGGUCUCUUAGAUGCCUUCGAAGUACGUACUUCGUUGUCUGUACGCCAGCAGGCCAUUCUAGUUGGAUGGGGUCUACUCCAGCAUCCUUACUACAACUACUACUAUCCCAAAGCCCUCAAAUACGCCUUGUUGGGUCAGCGUUUGGCCAGUACCUUGGUCCAGGCUUUUGUCGACGAGGGAUUGAACCAGUGGAAUGAGCUGACCUUGGCGGGAUAUCGAAACGCCAGCGAAUGCCAGCGGGCCCAGUACAGUAACUACUUGUACAAUGAACCAGGAGAGUUCCGGAGCGACACAAGGCUUAGGGAAAUUAUAGCAGAGGGCAGUGGUCUCAACAUUGCUUUCAAGGCCUAUUUGGAAUGGUUGGAGCAGCAGGACUACAGACCAAAUCCAAUCCUGAUGAAGGAAACUCUUCCCCAGCUGAACUUCAACAACACGCAGUUGUUCUUUCUCUACUUUGCGCAGUCACGGUGCUCGGCGAAGGACAACCAGGAAGCCAUCCUGAACUCGAUGCCCCUGAUGCAACACACACCGGAGCGUUGGGACGUGAAUGGGCCACUGAGCAACAAUGCGGAGUUCGGACGGGAGUUUGGCUGUGCUCUGGGCACACCGAUGAACAACGGGGAUAAGUGUUUGGUUUACUAAUGACCAUGCAACGGAAAUAAAAUACUUGAAAAGUAA